AUGAGUGGUUCCGGCAAAGGAUUAUUGGGAUUAUGGCUGUACCACAGUGGCGAUCAGGAAUGGGCCGUCAAAGAGGGUAGCCCGUUGCACCGGCGAAAAGAGUUUGCUAAAAGUAAAUCGGUCGAUCACAGCAAUGGAAACGAGCGUACGGUUCACGGCGACCGGACGUCGAUCAUUUUCACGCUGAAAAACCAAAUCGGUGGCCUGGCCGGAGCGUUGCGCGUGUUUCAGGAGCUCGGCAUAAACGUGCUGCACGUCGAGCUGAACAAGAGUGGUGAGGCGUGCGAUCUCGCGGACGUCCUCGUCGACAUCGAGUGCGACGCGAACCGGCUCGAGCAAGUGCUCAGAUUGCUGAAGCGCGAGGUCCAGUCGGUGAACUAUGCGGCCCAAGUGAACGCCGAUGGACCACCGCCAACGCCACUGUCCGCUUGUGGAAGCUUCGACUUUGGUGAGAUGCACUGGUUCCCGAGGAAAAUCUCCGACCUCGAUCGGGCGCAAAACGUGCUGAUGUAUGGCAGUGAGCUGGAUGCGGACCAUCCUGGCUUCAAGGAUCCGGUGUACCGCAAGCGUCGGGAGCAAUUCUCGGCCAUCGCCACCUCCUACAAGCAUGGCAACCCGAUCCCGAGAGUGCAGUAUACACCGGAAGAAAUCAAAACAUGGGGGACCGUCUUCCGCGAGCUGCACAAACUCUACAUCAAGCACGCCGUCCCGGAGUACCUGGAGAACUGGCCGGAGCUGGUGAAGUACUGCGGCUACCGGGAGGACAAUCUGCCGCAGCUGCAGGACAUCAACGUGUUCCUGAAGCGCAAGACCGGCUUCCAGAUUCGACCCGUCGCCGGAUACCUCUCACCCCGGGACUUCCUGUCCGGGCUGGCGUUCCGUGUGUUCCACUGCACGCAGUACAUCCGCCACUCGUCCGAUCCGUUCUACACGCCGGAGCCCGACUGCUGCCACGAGCUGCUCGGCCACAUGCCGCUGCUGGCCAACGCCAGCUUCGCGCAGUUCUCACAGGAGAUCGGGCUGGCCUCGCUCGGAGCCUCCGAGGACGACAUCAACCGGCUGGCGACGCUGUACUUCUUCACGGUUGAGUUCGGGCUCUGCCGGCAGCAGGACGGUAGCUUCAAGGUGUUCGGGGCGGGUCUGCUGUCGUCGGUGGCGGAGCUGCAGCAUGCGAUCACAACGCCGGAGAAGAUCAAGCGGUUCGAUCCGGAGGUGACGUGCCAGGAGGAGUGCAUUAUCACGGCGUACCAGAACGCUUACUACUACACCGACUCGUUCGAGGAGGCCAAGGAAAAGAUGAGAGCAUUCGCAGAAAACAUUCAACGACCCUUCGGUGUGCGUUACAACCCAUACACGCAAACGGUGGAGGUGUUGAGCAACGCGAAGAAAAUCACCGCUGUCGUCAGUGAACUUCGCGGAGACCUCAGCAUCGUUUCAUCCGCGCUGAAGAAAGUGUCAGCCCUAGAUGAAAAUCUCGAUGUCGAGUCGAUCGAAAAGCUGCUUUCUAGUAGUUUACACGUAACCGAUAAGAGCCCCAAUUCGGAAAGCUCAGACUCAAAUGAUAAAGCAACCACACCGAAUCCGGAAUGA